AAGCUUGAGCCUCAUUCUGACAAAAUGGACAUGGCUUCGGGAUACGACGGUCACAUUUCUAAACGACAAAGAACUGAAGAUGGAAGAGGAGAAAGGGAGGAUCCUCACAAACCAAGCCCAUCUCCUGUAGUCCAUGUAAGGAACCUUUCAGAAGCCACUGUGGAGACGGACCUCAUCCACGCUGUUCAGCACUUUGGCACAGUCAGCUAUGUGAUCAUGAUGCCUAAGAAGAGACAAGCUUUGAUUGAGUUUGAUGACAUUGAGAGUGCAACAAGCUGUGUCACCUAUGCAGCAAACAACGCUAUCUAUGUACGGUCCCAGGUGGCCUUGUUCAACUUCUCCACCAGCCAGCGUAUCCAGAGACCAGGUGGGCCUGAUGACAAUAGGAUUGGAAAUCAUAUCCUACUGUUUACUAUCCUGAGACCAGAGUACCCUAUGACAGUGGAUGUGAUGCACACCAUCUGCAGUCCCUACGGAGAAGUCCAGAGGAUUGUCAUCUUUAAGAAGCAUGGUGUACAGGCUAUGGUUGAAUUUGAAAAUACUCCCUGUGCUAAGAGGGCAAAGGAAGCAUUAAAUGGAGCGGACGUCUACUCUGGCUGCUGUACUCUGAAGAUUGAAUUUGCCAAGCCUACCAAACUGAAUGUUGUGAGGAAUGACCCUGAGUAUAGCUGGGACUACACCAAUCCUAACCUAGGAAAGGACAUGAACCAGCCUCCACAGAGGAAUGCCCCACUACUGCAGAACCCACGUUACAGCAGUGGCCCUACUCCUUUUACAGGAGGAUCAGACCCUCAUGGCAUGGGUCCAAGUGGAGGCUACGGUACGUAUGGGGGAUAUGACGCCAACGACGAGGAUUGCCGGCGUGACCAUGGACACGGCCAUGCCCACCAGAGUAUGAGUUCAGGCGGCAGCUAUGGGAUGUAUGACCAUGGAGACGCAUAUGGGGGAUACGGGGCCCAUGGCGGUCCCUCAAGGCAACACUAUGGCCAUGAGAUGCAGGAGAGAUUUGCACCUAAACCAGUUAGUAUAAUGCCAGCACAGGAGCCAAGGGGGUAUGGGCGUGGCCCUCCUCACAGCCAGGGGGGCUACCAGGACCAAGGUAUGAUGAACCCAGGUGGACCAGGCCAAGGAGGUUCCAGCCAGGGUGCUGUCCUGAUGGUGUAUGGCCUAAACAUGGAAAAGGUCAACAGUGACAAGCUGUUCAAUCUUUUCUGUCUCUAUGGCAAUGUUGUCAGGAUCAAGUUCUUAAAGAGUAAGGAGGGUGCAGCUAUGGUACAGCUGGGAGAUAGCAUGGCUGUAGACCGUGCUCUACAGAAUCUGAACAACACUUUCUUCUUUGGCAGCAAGAUGCAGCUUGGACCAUCCAAGCAGGCGUUUCUUCAGGAUGUGCCGAACCCCCACGACCUUGCUGAUGGUAGCUGUUCAUUUAAAGAUUACAUGGGCAAUCGCAACAACAGAUUUACCAACCCAGAGUCUGCCAGUAAAAAUCGUAUUCAGACAGCUUCCAAAAUCCUGCAUUACUUCAACGCACCUCCAAACAUUACUAAUGAAGAUAUUGAACAGAUAUUUGAAAAUGCUGGUGCUCCCAAACCUCCCAAGAUCAAACAGUUCCCAACAAAAUCUGAUAGAAGUUCUACUGGCCUGGUGGAGUUUGAAUCCAAGGCGGAAGCUACAGAGGCUCUGGUCCUGACUAACCACACCAGCGUACCCAACCCAUCUGGCAAGAAUCCCUACGUUUUCAAGUUGUGUUUCUCUGCUACACCAAUCCAGUUUUCAUAGUUACCUUUGCUAGAUA